AUGUCUGAAAACCAAAAUGAACCCAAAGAGAAAAAGAUUCAGUAUACUCCAGAAAUUAAGUUUAGAAUAUAUGAAACUGAUAAUGAGUCACUAAAACGUUUUGAGGACUUAAUAGAUGUUGAACCUGUCGACACAAUCGAAAAAGUUAACAAGAUUAUUUCAGACUCAGAACAAUCAUCGCCUGAUAAACCAGGAACUCCUAUACAAUUAGCUCAGCGAAAGAAAGAUAUUGAUCUGAAACGUAUGAUGGAGCCCCAAAUACAAGAUUUACUAUCAGAAACAUUAGGUGUACUAAGGAAAUACGGUGCAUCAGCCCAGCACUAA